ACUAAACCGAGGAUGCUUGCCAAACAUAACUCUCUCUUUUUGAUUUUUCAACUCGUGGUGUGUGAAACCGCAGAAAGAUGGUAAAUCAUCGGGUUCCGUCAGUAUUUUCGAAGACGUACGUCACCCCUCGUCGUCCAUAUGAGAAACCACGUUUGGAUGCUGAAUUAAAAGUCAUCGGACAAUUCGGUCUCCGUAACAAGCGUGAAGUAUGGCGUGUCAAAUACAGUUUGGCUAAAAUCCGCAAGGCUGCCCGUGAAUUGUUAACUCUCGAAGAGAAGGAUGAAAAAAGAUUGUUCCAAGGUAAUGCCCUCUUACGUAGAUUGGUGCGUAUUGGCGUAUUGGAUGAGUCCCGCAUGAAGCUCGAUUACGUUCUUGGUUUGAAAAUCGAGGAUUUCCUUGAACGCCGUCUUCAAACUCAAGUUUUUAAACUUGGUUUGGCCAAGUCUUAUCAUCAUGCUCGUGUUUUGAUCCGUCAAAGACAUAUCCGGGUUCGCAAACAAGUUGUCAAUAUUCCAUCUUAUGUAGUCCGUUUGGAUUCGCAGAAACAUAUUGACUUCUCUUUGAAAUCACCCUUCGGUGGUGGCCGUCCUGGUCGUGUCAAGAGAAAGAACCUCAAGAAGGGACAAAGCGGCGGCGGUGCAGCUGAAGAAGAAGAGGAUUAAAUGAAAACUUGAAAUGUCAAUGUUAAUAUUUUGGAAAUAAAACAUUGAUUAAUGAAACAAGAA